UUGAAGAAACAUGGCUGCCUGUGUGUGAAUGUCAUGCUGCUGUAUCCACACCACUCCUUUGGCAUGUGUCGAUCACAUUCUUUUGUUUGUAAUGCAUACAUGAACUCGGGUUAGUUUUUGUAUAUUACAAAAGGUCGCUUAAAUCGGAAAAUCGCUGGGAUAAGCAGCAGUCAAUAUAGAGUUAGCAUUUUAGCUAACCUGCUAGCCUGACAGUCAUGAUGGAACCUGACUCACAGCUGCGAAAUCUGCGGGAUUUUCUUCUCGUUUACAAUCGCAUGACUGAGAUCUGCUUUCAGCGGUGCUCCAGCAACUUCAACUACCGAAGCCUCACCAUGGACGAGGAGCGCUGUGUGGACAACUGUGCUGGGAAGCUGAUCCGUUCUAACCACCGCCUGAUGGCCACUUAUGUGAACCUCAUGCCUCGUAUGGUGCAGCGGCGCAUGGAGGAGAUGGAGAGCAAGGCAGCUGAAAAUGCAAAACUAGAAGCUGCAGCCGCAGCAUCGGCCAGUGUGGGACCUGAAUCUCAAAUGACAGCUCAGAACGCACUAGAACUGACCAUGGACCAAAAUGGACCAUCACUUACACCUCUGACUGAAAAUAUGAACAAUAUUAGUGGGACCUCGGUUACUACAGGCGUAACUGGAUCUCAAAAUGUAGAAUCAGCUCAGUCUGUUUAUACACCACCAACACCCUUAGCUGAAGAUGCCCCUCUGUCCACAGCUUCUGUCCCACAAGUGUCCACAGAAAAGCCAGCUGGCUCAGAGUGAGAAUCUUAAUGUGAUGAAUUUUAAAUACUGGGACAUUUUAAAUAAUGGAUAGUAAUAAAUGCCUCAUAGAUAAUAGUAAAUAAUCUUUGUCUGAAUAAAUGUUGCCUUUCAUGUGAAACUAA